CUUUAAUGUAAAAUUUAUCUAUAGUUAUUAAAAUAUUAGCUUUAAAAUAUCUUUACAUGACUGAUGUCUAGCGAUAUCAUUAAUUUUUCUUUAAACAUAUACUUAUUAUAAUACUACUUUAAUAACGCAUGCGCAAGACUAUUUGAAUCCAAACCCUCUGGAACCUUUAUACUUUUAUUUUAGUUCUGAUACAGUGAGCUUAAGUUAAACAACGUCCAAAAUAUAUUCCAAAAUAAUAUUUUUUAAUUCUUAUUCUAAGAAAGAAUUUAAAAAUAUAGUUUUCAAAUUGAAAAUUAAAAAAUUGGUGAAAAACUUAUUAGGUGAAAAAUAAUGUUGAUCAAAUAAUUGAAUGAUUUGUAAUAAUGGCAAAAUUUUUAGCCACAAUCAAAGCAAUUAUUACUCGAUUAGUUUUUGCAUCUCAUGGUUUUAUUGCAAUUUGGCAAGUAACUACAUUUAAAAAGAAUCCUUUAUUUUGGUAUUUAAGCUGCCCAAUUCUAGUAUUAUUUUUUGAAGGAAUUUUCACACUUACUAUAAAAGAAAAUCAAGAAUGGAAAUGGUUUUGUCCUUCAGUUUUCUUAUAUCUAAGCAGUGUUGUUCCUGCAAUAUGGCUUUUAGAACUAGAUAAGGUUGAGAGAAGAUUAAAAACAUUCGAAACGAAUGUGAAUAAAUCCGAGAACUUGGAUUUAACGAAUCUGGCUGCUAAAGAUUUAAAACAUUUAGAAAAAGCAUUAGGAGUGAACAUACAUUUACCUAAUAUAAAAAUAUCAAAAGAAACUUGGGUAACUCUAAUUGAACAAUUUCUAAUGUUAAUUUUAAUCAUUGGAAGAUGGAUGUUACCAAAAGGAGAUUUAACCAGGGAUCAACUGAGUCAAUUAUUGUUAGUAUAUAUUGGAACAGCGGCAGACAUAAUUGAAUUUUUUGAUUCCUUUAAGGAAGAUCGCAUAGCUCGUGAACCUGUCCUAGUUUAUUUAACUUUGGGGAUUUGGGCGUGGUCAUUGAUGCAAUUCACGGUCGUUUUAACGGCUACUAAGUCUCGGAAGUCUAGAUUGUCAUCCGGAAAUGCUGUCAAAAGAAGAAUACACACUGAAACUAGUUGUUGUAGCAUAGAUGUUUGGGGAAUUACUUUAAACAUGAUUUUACAGGAUGGACCAUUUCUUGCAUUUAGAUUGAUUUUAAUUAUCCAUUAUCGCAUAGUCAGUUAUAUGAAUAUUUUCUUCACAUGCAAGAACACUCUAGUGAUUCUCUUACAACUUUAUCGACUGUAUGUAGUUCAAACAGAAAAUAGGAGCAAAAGAAAGAAGAAAUCUGAAAUAUCGAAUAUCAGUAUUAUAUCGAGGGAAGAUAUUCAUAAAGAUGUAAAAUACAAAAUUUCCGAAGAAAAGCGAAGAAAAAAAAGAAAAGACAAAGAUAUAGAAGCUAAUUACACAGAAAGUGAAGAAACAAUAGAAGAAACAGAUAAAUUUGAUUCCUCUCCGAGAAAUAUUAAAUCUUCAAAAAAAAAAACACGCCAAGAUACUGGAUAUUCUACUUCUAGUUCAAGAAAUUCUGGAAAACAUGAGAAAUCUCAAAGAAAUAAGAAAAAAAUGUCACAUGGAGAAAGUUCUAAAAUUGAAAUUUUCAGUGAUGAUGAGAAACAAAAAAGAAAAAUUAACAGAAAUUUAUCGAUAAAAGGGAAUAAAAAGUAUACGGAAAGUAUUAAAAUGAAAUCUAGAAACGAUGAUUCUAGUAAAAGUUCCAGCAAGAGUCGAAAAUGCAAAGAAGAUAGUGAAGAAGAAUUAACGACGGAAGAAAUAACUGAUAGAACAGUUAGUGAAGAAAGCGAAUCAGAAUCAGAAAGAAAAAGGUACAUUUAUAGAAAACGAAGACAAAACAGAGACUGACAACGAUACCUCGGUAUAGUCACUCUCUUGUUUGUCUAUUUUGCGAUCCUCGUUAUUUGCAUGCUUUUUAUACACGCUGGGAUCAACAAUGGCGUUAUAUUAAUAACAAGACUAAAGAAAACCAUCUAUACUAAUUAAUUUCUUUGCACUUUAAUUAUUUUAUACAACAAAAAUUAAAAAAUUGAAUUCUUUUUAUAAAUAUAAUUAAUUAUUAAUAGAAUUUAAUU